AUGAAAUCAAUAUCAUAAUAGACAAGAUCUCUGAUUUAGAAAUAAUAGGAGUUAGGGUUGAUUGAUUCUAGGAUUUCUUAAUUAAAAUAAUAAUUACAAUUAUAAGAAUCUAACAAUCACAUCAUUGAAUUUAAGGUUAAUAAAAUUUUGGAAACUAAAUAGAACACAUUUAAGGAUUAGUCUGAUGUAUUAUCUGUAUUUUAUUUACCUAGCAUAGUAGAAGAAUUGAAAAUCUGAACUAAGAAUAAGAAAACAGGAACAGUAAAAUUAAGUUAUUGAAACAAUUACAAGAAGAAGAUUCAAUAAGAAGAAAAAGAGACUUAGAUGAGGAAAAACGACUUGAAUAAGAAAUAAUGAAAGAACGAUAAAUGCUAUAUCAAUUACAAUAUAAACAUAGUUAAAAUGAAGAGCUCUAACUUAAAUAGUAGCAGUUCUAAAAGGUAAAUUUAAGCCUUACAUAGUCUUGUAGAUAUAAGAAGAGAAAUUUAGAAUGAAAUAAAAAUUAGAUAUGCAAAGAAUUGAAAAAAUUGAAAAUGUUAGAAAUUCUUAAAUAAAAAAGAAAGCAGAACUUUCAGCUAAAUUUGAUUUAUAGUAGUAAGAGUAUUAAUUAAAAAUUGAAGAAGAAUAAUAGUUAUUAAAGUAUGUAGUCAUUUGAAUAUAGAAAAUUGUCAUUCUCUUAAUUUAGAUUCUAAGCACUUAAAGAUGAUCUUGAUUUAGCUCAGAAGAUAUCCAUAAGAGACUAUACUAAUUCUGCAACAAAUCAGGCUUUUAUCAAACAGCCUUUAGAUUAAUCCAAGAUCAAAAAAGCCAUUUUCACAAGUCCUUAUGCAUAAAUCCCCUCCAUACUAAAUCAAAAGUAUUAAUGUAUGAUUUACCUAGAAGUGUGGAUAAAUUGAAUCUGCUCUAAAAAUUAUUGAAGCCUUCUUUCAAAGAUCAAUAAUAAACAACUGAAAGGUUAAACAAGAAAAAUAAUUAAACUCAUUUCAAUACUUAACUUUCUGAUAGAACUUAUACCAAAGAGAAUUCAUCUAAAUUUGAUACAGAAGCUAGUAAAACCAAAAAAAAUAAAUUUUAACCUAUUAAAAAACAAAAUACUAAUUUGGAUACUCCAAGGAAAAGUUCACUUAAAUUGAAUACAAAUUAGAAUCAAUAAUAAAACUAGUAAUCUGGCAGCAUCUCUAACCCUUAAGAUCAAUAGCAGAUGGAAGAAUCUUAUAAAGAAAAUGAAUAGCAAGAUGAUUAUGAAUAAGAGAACUAUAAUAAUUCAAAGGAUUAUGAUGAGUAUGAAGAUGAUAAUAAAACUCCUUUGUAAGAUUAAGAUAAAUAACAAGAUGAAAAUUAAGAAUAAAACAAAUAAAAUGAAGAGGAAUUCUAAGAUGAAGAACAAUAUCCAGAUGAUAAUGAUGAAGAAUAGUGA